UUGCUCCACAUUUCGCACGCUGGCUUCCCUACUAGGCGGAUGGCAUGGGUGAGCCGGCAAGUGGUUGCGUGACUCGCACGGGGUGGUUUUCAGCUCCCGAGGUGACCCCCACUUUGGAGCCUCUGAGCGACGGUGCCUCGCUGCCGGACAACUGGAUGUUCUGGGCGAUGCUGCCGGCGCCGCCACCACCGCCUUCGUCGCUUCCCGCAGGAGGGUCCGAACCUUCCUCAGAGGCGCAGCCCCCCGCGGAGGCCCAGAGCCUCCCCGAGGCGCCUCCCCCCUUUGACGCCCAGAUUCUUCCCGGGGCACAGCCCCCUUUCGACGCCCAGUCCCCCCUUGAUUCUCAGCGUCAACUCAAUGGCCAGCCUUCCUGGAAUUUCCAGGCUUCAACAUCAUGGUACUGGACACAGUCUCCUGGUGUUCUUCCUUGGCAUCGGCAGCCCCAGAACACUCCGGUUAAACAUUCUUAUCUUCCACGAAAACAUGAUGCAAAGGUCAAUGACUUCAACAUGUCUCCCAGGAGAAAACAGAAAAAAAGGAAAAGAAAGGAACCAGUUUUUCACUAUUUUUGUGAUACCUGUGAUCGUGGUUUUAAAAAUCAAGAGAAGUAUGAUAAACACAUGUCCGAACAUAUGAAAUGCCCUGAGGUAGAUUGCUCUUUUAGUGCACAUGAGAAGAUUGUCCAAUUCCACUGGAGAAAUACGCAUGCUCCUGGUAUGAAGAAAAUCAAGUUAGACACUCCAGAGGAGAUUGCAAGAUGGAGGGAAGAAAGAAGAAAAAAUUACCCAACUCUGGCUAAUAUCGAAAGGAAGAAAAAGUUAAAAAUUGAAAAGGAAAAGAGAGGAGCAGUGUUGACAACGACACAGUAUGGCAAGAUGAAGGGGAUGGCCAGACAUUCACAGAUGGCAAAAAUCAGAAGUCCUGGCAAACGUCACAAAUGGAAAAAUGGUCGUGCUGGACAGAGAGCAGCCAUGGGGUCAGGCAAUCCCUUGUGUGGUUCGAAGCCUGAAAGUACACCCGAGGCAAAUUCAGACCCUCUGGGUGUUUUGGUAAACACCGAUUCCGAGUCCGAUAAAGAGGAGAAACCACAAAAUGCUGUCAUACCUAAGGAAGUGACACCAGCCCUGUGCUCCCUAAUGAGCAGCUAUGGCAGCCUCUCGGGGUCGGAGAGUGAGCCAGAAGAAGUUCCCAUCAAGACUGAAGCAGACAUUCUGGCAGAAGACCAGGUUCUUCAUAGCAGUACUCCUAAGAAACCAAGUCAAGAUGUUAAAGCAACUGUUAGAAAUUUCUCAGAAGCCAAGUAUGAGAGCCAAAAGAAAAGUUUUAAAAACACAAAUCCUAAGAGGAAAAAAAAUUAUCGCAAUUAUCAAACAUUAUUUGAACCAAGAACACACCAUCCAUAUCUCCUGGAAAUGCUUUUAGCUCCAGACAUUCGACAUGAAAGAAAUGUGAUUUUGCAGUGUGUUCGGUACAUCAUUAAAAAAGACUUUUUUGGACUUAAUACUACUUCUGCAAAAACUAAAGAUGAAUAGGUGUUUGGUGUUUUAGUACACAUAUCUGAAGCAUGUAAAAUAGCAACAUCUUCAAGUUUGUGGAGGAAAACCUUUUCUUUUUUUUAAACUGGAUUAGUAAUUAAAUUGUAAGCCUCAUGGGCUAUUAUGUAGGAUUUUCAAGUCUUUCCUUUGAUUCUAUACAAAUAAAUACAUAACUGAUUUUUAA